AUAGAAGAGUAAGGAAAAACGAAAAACCAAAAAGGGAAAGAAGAACAAUGGCAGUUACCAUGAUUUUCACGGUUACCAGUGUACUAAUCCUGUUGAGUUCUUCAUUUACAAGUGCUCAGUUGGUUGCAUCUCCGGCAUUCUCUCCAACUCUGGCACCGGCACCGGCACCAGCACCGGCAACGGAUUACGUCAACCUCGUGGAUCUAUUGACUGUUGCUGGACCAUUCCACACUUUCCUCAACUUACUUGAAUCAACCAAAGUGAUUCAAACAUUCCAAGACCAAGCCAACAACACUAAACAGGGAAUAACCAUCUUUAUUCCUAAAGACAGUGCCUUCUCAUCUCUUAAAAAGCCUCCUCUGUCAAAUCUAACUCAAGAUCAGCAAAAGUCACUUAUCCUCUUCCAUGGAUUAUCCCAAUAUUAUACUCUAUCUGAUUUCAAUAGCUUGAGCCAAUCAAGCCCUGUAACCACAAUGGCAGGUGGGCAGUACACUUUGAAUUUCACAGAUGUCUCAGGAACUGUUCACCUUAACUCAGGCUGGACCAACACCAAGGUGAGCAGCAGUGUACAUUCUACAAACCCUGUUUCAUUGUUUCAGGUUGAUAAGGUCCUUCUUCCUGAAGCAAUCUUUGGUGAAGCCCCUCCUCCAGCUCCGGCGCCGGCACCAUCUCCUGAGAUUGCUCCAACCGCCGAUAGUCCUCCAAGCUUAACCGAACAGGGAUCUUCUCCCUUAUCUUCAUCUUCCUCUUCUCACAGGAUCAUCUGCUGGGGUGCCUUGCAUUACUUGGCUCUGGCAAUAUCAGGUGGAUUGAUCUUAAUCUUCUAAGAGGAUCAGCUGGUGCUUCAUUAUGUGGAUUACUGGAGUGUCUAGUGUCUUAAUUUAUAUUGAGAUGAGAGGAGUUUAGUCAUCUUUGAUCUUUCAGUUCAGUCCAUUUUUUUUAAAACAUAAUAAUUUGUAUAUUGAAAUUAAGUUGGAGGAUAUGGUUCCCUUCUUUUGUCAUAUAUUGUUCUUCAGUUCAAAAUCCAAUCUUGGACUGUUAGAUUCUGUGUGAA